GUGUAUUUACACUUGACGAAGAUAUACAUUCAAAGAGCUUCACGGGCAAAGAUUUUAUGUCUAGAUCGUCUAAUGAGAAAAAGUCCCUUUUGAGGCAAAAUGGUGGCCUUCUCUUUUCUAGAGCAGAACCAAGGCAUAAACAAGAGAUUGUGAGAUUGCUGAAAGAGGAUGGCGAGGUAGUUGCAAUGACGGGGGAUGGAGUGAAUGAUGCCCCUGCAUUGAAAAUGGCAGAUAUUGGUAUAGCAAUGGGCAUUGCUGGGACAGAGGUUGCUAAGGAAGCCUCAGACAUGGUGCUAGCAGAUGAUAAUUUUAAUACAAUAGUUGCAGCAGUUGGUGAGGGAAGAUCAAUUUACAACAAUAUGAAAGCUUUCAUAAGGUACAUGAUCUCCUCAAAUAUUGGUGAAGUUGCUUCCAUUUUUCUUACGGCGGCUUUAGGUAUUCCUGAAGGGUUGAUACCAGUUCAACUUUUGUGGGUCAAUCUUGUCACAGAUGGCCCUCCUGCAACUGCUCUUGGAUUCAACCCACCUGACAAAGAUAUUAUGAAGAAGCCACCUCGUAGGAGUGAUGAUUCAUUGAUUACUGCAUGGAUUUUAUUCCGUUAUAUGGUCAUCGGACUUUAUGUGGGGAUUGCCACUGUGGGUAUCUUCAUUAUAUGGUAUACUCAUGGUUCUUUUGCGGGCAUUGACUUGAGUGGUGAUGGCCAUACUCUUGUAACCUAUUCUCAACUCUCUAAUUGGGGAGAAUGCUCCUCAUGGGAGGGCUUCAAGGUCGCACCAUUCACUGCUGGGGCACGGAGUUUCACCUUUGACGACAAUCCCUGUGACUACUUCCAGACCGGCAAGGUGAAGGCUAUGACCCUUUCGCUGUCUGUCUUGGUGGCGAUUGAGAUGUUCAAUUCACUGAAUGCAUUAUCCGAAGAUGGGAGCCUUCUGAGCAUGCCUCCCUGGGCCAAUCCGUGGCUUCUUUUGGCCAUGUCCAUCUCAUUUGGGCUGCAUUUCUUGAUAUUGUAUGUCCCUUUCCUUGCUCAAGUGUUUGGAAUAGUGCCUCUCAGUUUCAACGAGUGGCUCCUGGUGUUGGUGGUUGCAUUUCCGGUGAUCCUUAUCGACGAGGUCCUCAAGUUUGUUGGGCGCUGCACAAAUUCUUCAGGUGCCAAGAGACGCCCCACGAAGCACAAGGAUGAGUAGAUGCUAGCAUAUAAGAUUCAUAUUGUGAAUCAUAUUUGACCAAGGUGGUCGUUCUGAUUCUUUUCUUUCCUCCUUUUAAGUGGGUUGUUUGAGAAUCAGGCAACCAGGGCAACAUUCAAAAUUAGUUUGGCUGGCAGAACUAGUAUUGGAUUUAGAUAUUUACCUUUGAUUCUUAAACACAUCUUUUAUGAAUCUGGAAUUAUACCGGAACCCUUCUGUAGUAGUAAUUAUGAGCUGGAAUUACGAAUCUGGAAUUAUGCUCGUCCGUUUAA